CAGGUAAGAAGUGGAACUUUGAGCAAGACAGCUGAUCCACUGGAGAAGCUGCUCCAUUCACCCAAGCAACAAGCAGGCAAACACACCUCCUGCAAGGGAGAACCAGCUUAGCUCUUCUCUUCAAUCAGGUAGGGUGGGACUCCCCACCCACCCCCCCAUCUCCUUUCUUUUUCCUGGUCUGGUCUGGAAAUGGACACCAAAGAGCCACUUGGGAAGGAAAGUGUGGGGGCCAGGAAAAAAAACUUGACCUUCAUAAGGCACAGGCUGUACAUGCUGGAGAGGAGGAAGACAGACACGGUGGUGGAGAGUCAUAUUUCUGGAGACCACAACAGCUCUGGGACUUUGAGGAGGAGUCAAUCCGACAGGAGUGAAUACAACCAGAAAUUACAAGAAAAAAUGGCACCGCAAGCAGGAUCCUUGGGGCCAGUUGGCUCACCCCUGGAAAGCGAAGAACAGCUGAACAGGCGUCUGAUGGCUAGAAGGCACAAGAUAAUUACAGAAAUGGUCCAGACCGAAAAAGACUAUCUCAAUGAUCUGGAACUGUGCAUCAGAAUAGUGGUCGAACCCUUGAGAGGAAGGCAGAUUGCUAGGCUCGAUGUGGACGGCUUAUUUAGCAACAUUGAAUCCGUCCAUCAGAUCUCAACCAGGCUGCUGUCAUCACUGGAAGAAGCAACGGUGGACGUGGAGCCGGCCAAGCAAGUAAUCGGGCAAGUGUUUUUGCAGAUGAAAGACAUACUAGAAGACACGUAUAAAAUCUACUGUUACCAGCACGAUGAUGCACACGUCCUGCUGGAAUCCUACGAAAAAGAUGAAGAACUGAAGCAGCAUAUACGUGACUGCCUAUUGUCCUUAAAAACGAUAUAUGAAGAAGGGGGGAAACCAAACCUCCUGGACAUGGGAUCUCUGAUGAUCAAACCCAUCCAACGUGUGAUGAAGUAUCCCUUGUUGCUAUGUGAACUCUUGAAUGCAACUCCCAGGUCCCACCCGGACCACAAAGCAUUGCAGGAUGCCUUGGUUGCUGUGAAAGGCAUGAAUACAAAUAUAAAUGAACUUAAAAGAAGAAAGGAUUUAGUACUAAAGUAUAAGAAAAAUGAUGAAGAUGAAUCCCUGAAAGAGAAAUUUGCAAGACUAAACAUUCACUCAAUUAGUAAGAAAUCCAAGAGAGUCACUGGCCACCUGAAAAUUCUGACUGGAGGAGAACCUCAGGUGAAAGAUGAAACUUUUAAUAAAGAGGAGAAGUUAUUUAGAAAUUUGGAAAAGACCGUCAAACUCUGCGUGAAGAAUAUUUCGGUGUCUCUACAGCACCUGAAGGAGUCUACGCUUCUAGCUGCACAGAAUGUAACCGAACUUCAAGAUUUUCUGCACGAGAAAGAAGAUGAGGAAAGUGGCUCUUCAAACAUCUUGAUUAAUGCUGAAAAGCCCAGCGAACGAUAUGCGGAGCAAGUAGAGAAGAUGGUUUUGGUCCCCCUGUCAGCGUUGCAGGCCCUCUUCCCAGGCCCUCAGAAGCUCAUCCAGAAGCGCUAUGACAAACUGCUGGAUUAUAAUAGCUACCACCAAAAGGCGGCAGGAGAGGAGAUGGAUUUGGCCAGGAAAGAAUACGAGGCUCUCAAUGCCCAGCUGGUGGAAGAACUCCAGGCGUUUAACCGGGCAGCAAAGCAAAUCGUGACCAACUGCCUGUGUUGCCUCGUCACUCUCCUGCGGGGGAUGAUGUCAUCAGCUCUUCAAUCCUAUUCCACGGGGGAAUCCCUCACAUCGCUGUCGUCUCCAAGCAUCAGCGAAGUUCAGCACCAGGUGCUCGAAGACAUACACAGUCUGAAUUUUGUCAAAGAAAACAACAGCAUAAAUUUCAUUGAGAGAAAGCUGAGCUUUGAAAAAAAGAAGCCAAUCCCUGUUCAGCCUGAAUUUCCACGGCAGACUGAAAGCCACAGGUCUGUGAUACUCUCCACAUACAACUCAGACUUGCUGUACCAAGCCAAGCGCAAAUGCAACGCCACUCAGGAGUUUGAUAUGGAUCUCUACGAAGGAGAAUUGGUGGCUGUCGUGGAACGAAAGGAUCCUUUCGGAAGUACUGGCAGAUGGCUUGUCGACACUGGAAUUUCGAAAGGGUACGUUUACUCCUCCUUCCUGAAGCCCUACAAUCCAGCGAAGGCACAAAAGGAGGCUUCAGAUGCCAGUUUCUGCGACGGCGACUUUGAUAACAUCAGCCUUUUUGUCUCCGUGAGGCAAGUGGAUGACGGCAGCACAAAACCCGCAGGGCAGCACAAGAGAAGCGGAAGCGGCUCUUCCUACAAUAGCCUGUGUGAAAAGGCAGCUAUUAACGGGACAGAGGUGGAUUGCUUCUACGGAGUGGACGACCAAGACGUAAGCAUCACAUUUUAUGCAGUUCAUGCAUUUCAAGCAAGGAGCCACCAGGAGCUCAGCCUUCAAGAGUACCAGCGAGUUCGGAUCCUUCGUUUUUCCGACCUGAGCGGCAAUAAGGAAUGGUGGUUAGCGGAAGCGAAAGGACAAAAGGGAUACGUGCCAGCAAAUUAUCUUGGGAAGAUGACUUACGCGUAAGCAUCAGAAACACUUACGGCACCUAAUUCUCUGAAACGUCAGAGGCAAAAGUCUUCCGUUUUGCUCCGGUCUACUCAAAAGUUCAUUGGUAAAUCAAGAGCUGAAGAACUUAUGAAGGAGAUAUUUAAAAACAAAGAAGAAACUGUUUCCAGUCAUUGUCCUGAAUUGCUUGCAUCCUUUCACUUUGCCACACUGCUUUUGUUGGAAUCUCCCCUGGUGUAUGGAGAGCCAGUGUGGCAUCAUGGUUAGAAUGUCUGACUAAGACUUGGAGAGAUAAAGGUAAAGGGCCCCUGACCAUUAGAUCCAGUCGUGUCUGACUCUGGGGUUUCGGCACUCAUCUCACUCUAUAGGCCGAGGGAGCCGGCGUUUGUCCGCAGACAGCUUCCAGGUCAUGUGGCCAGCAUGACAAAGCUGCUUCUGGCGAACCAGAGCAGCACACGGAAACGCCGUUUACCUUCCCGCCGGAGCGGUCCCUAUUUAUCUACUUGCACUUUUGAUGUGCUUUCGAACUGCUAGGUGGGCAGGAGCUGGGACCGAUAAACGGGAGCUCACCCUGUUGCAGGGAUUCAAACCGCCGACCUUCUGAUCAGCAAGCCCUAGACUCUGUGGUUUAACCCACAGUGCCACCUGGGUCCCCCAGGGUUCAAAUACCCAGUUGGCCAUGAAGCUCAUUGAGCGUCCUUGGGCCAGUCACUGCCUUUCAGCCAAAUCUACCUCAAAGGGUUGUUGUGCAUCAGGGCUGGCUCAGACACAGGUCAGCACUCAAGCGCAGAGACGAGUUUAAUUCUUCAUUCAAGAAAACCGCAAACAAGGCAGAGAAGCUUCAAGGCAGGGCCAGCUUCCAUAGCACAGUUGCCAGGACCAGAGGCGUAGCAAGGUCAGGUGGCACCCAGGGCGGGAUUUUUUUUGUCACACCCCCAUCGAUGGCUUGGGGUAGUCUUGGGAGUCGCAGGCAGGCAGUGUGCCGAAUGUCACCCACGGGCCCGCCUACGACUCCCAAGCCUCCCCCGAGCUGUCAAAAUGAAGGCAAAGCGGCUCAGCUCCCCCCCUUCCCUCAAUGGCUCAGGGUAGACUUGGAAGUCACAGGCAGGUGGCACGCCAAAUGUUACCCCCCCCUCAGUGAUGACACCUGGAGUGGGCUGCCCCCCACCCCCCUUCCUACGCCUCUGGCCAGGACAGACAGUUCCUGCUUCCCCCCCCCCCUCCUCUGGAGGUUGCCCAUGUAGAUGUAAACCAUGGCGAGAGGGAAUUCUUGCUCAUUGUUCAGCCAUAGUUCUUUGUGUCCUUGGAGAUAAGCGGGGACGGCAACCUAACACAGUAGAGCAGGCAAUCUCCCAGAGAGUUUCAAGUGCUGAGUCUGAACUGCUUUCUGCCCUUGGCUCUUCCCUCUCGCUUAAGCCUGUUGCUUCUUCAGUGGCCCACCAUUCUCCCCCCCCCACCUUCAUCUUCUGACCUGUUCUUAGUGUUGCCGUCCUGUGCUCUGACCCUUCCUCUCUAGGGGGUACACAAGCUGGUACUUCUCUCCAUUUCUCGUCACCCAGCUAGUCCUUGAGGUUGUGGGGAUUAAAUUAGGUGGUAAAGAACAUAACAUAUGCCACCUUGUGCUCCUUGGAGAAAAAGGUGGGAUAUAAAUGCAAUAAAUUACUAAUAAUAAUAGUAAUAAUUUAUUAUUUAUACCCCGCCCAUCAGGCCAGGUUCCCCCAGCCACUCUGGGCGGUUUCCAACAAAAUAUUAAAAUACAGAAAUCCAUCAAACAUUAAAAGCUUCCCUAAACAGGGCUGCCUUAAGAUGCCUUCUAAAGGUCUGAUAAUUGUUGUUCUCUUUGACCUCUGGUGGGAGGGUAUUCCACAGGGUGGGUGCCACUACCGAGAAGGCCCUAUGCCUGGUUCCCUGUAACUUGGCUUCUCGUAGCGAGGGAACCGCCAGAAGGCCCUGCUAAAUAAAUAAUCAUUUAUGUCACAUCCACAUACGAGCAAGCACCGUGAUUUGAGGUUAUUGGAGUCAACAACUCUGUCUUCCCCAGCCUGCUCUCAUCCUAGCUGGGGCUGGUGGGAGAGCACUAGGCUGGUGAAGAUUGCACUAACUCACAUAUGAGGUUCACCAGGGGUCCUUGGCCAAUAGUAUUUCUCAGCCUAACCUGGAUAAGGGGAACUUGUUGCACUCCAGGUGUAGCUGAUCUACAACUCCCAAGAUCCAUGACAAUUGACUGUAAUGGUUGGGGCUAAUAGGAGUUUAACUCCAAAAAUAUCUGAAGGGCCGCAGGUCCCCAAUCCCUGGCCUAGCGCAUCCCCCAGAGUUGUCUUGCAAUCUCCCAGAAAUGGUUAAAAUCCAAGGAGAUGAAGCUUGGUGCGGGGGGGGGGAUCCCCACCAAAAAUUAUGUCUUCUUCACUAGCUUGAUUCUGAUGGUUUGCCGCAAGUUGCUUACUGCAUUCCAAGUAGACAUUUCAAAAAUUUAGCUAGGGGUGGCGUAGAAGUAGCACAUGCUCUUUUUAUCUCUGAAAUAAAAGUAAAAUGUACAAACUAAAAUUAUGAAGUUCCCUCACCUAUACCUGUGAUUCUUGCCGGAGAAGUAACCAGUGCCACGUUCCUAUGUGAACUUAGCUGGGAGAAAGUACCAUUGAACACCAUGGGACUUACCUCUGAGUAGACAUACCUAGGACUUUCUGUACAGCUGGAAAUCUAAACACACCUAAUGGAGGGAGUAAGUGCCAUUGAAUGUAUACUUGCUAAGUAAAUGUGCUCAGGAUUGGGCCAUAAACAUCUGUAGUGCCCUUUUUAAUGUGCCUGCAACAGGGCAGAGGAGAAGUAUUCCAGACAUUUAGUGCAUGGCACCAAUUUGAUUGCCUUGUGAUAAGUAGGAAUACAUUGGGCCCCUAAAAGAGUUCCAGAUUUGGGCUUUUAAAAAAAUAUUAUUUUUUACUAAGUCUGUCUGUAGCCUCUCAACACACAUGGAAGGCUGCCCUGGGCAAAGUCUAUCAUGCACUUAAGCAUUUGCAGUUUCUAUAAUAAACAGAAUGCUCACACCAAUGUUUUCGCAGUGACAGUAAAAGUCAGCAGGCUAGAAAACAAACAUGGCUUUGUAAAUAAUGCUACCUGUCUUUCAAAUUGAGAAAUGGGGGUGGAAUGAAGUAUCUGCUUAAUGCUGUCCAGCUUUUCUGAAUCUUAAUGGGAAUUAUGAAGCUUAAAAGCCCUAUGUGUUUAAGUUGACUACCCUUAUCUGUUGCACUGUCUUUUGUUUAUAUACUAAAUGGUUCGUAAUGAAGAAAGCAUUCCUUUGCUGAAAGGCUCCCUGCACCAUUUAUGGUAUGCUCUACAUUUCAAAAUGGGAUAAAGCAGUUUCCCCUUCCUCCAGCAGUAGCUGAACGGUGUGCAAAGGGCUGAACUCACAUACUGAUGAAGCUUUGGAGGCCAAGAAGGAACAACUGGGACGAUGAUUUGAUAUUAUUUUAAUUGUAUUUAUCGGGUGUGGUUUUUUUUAAAGACUCUGAAAGGGUAUAAUAAAUGUUAUCUGUGACAAAGAGUUAUUUUCAGGAUUUCAUUUUUGAAGUGUUGAAAUAUGAUAUUUAAAGUCUCUAGUUUCCAGGCACUUGCCAUAUUAAAAAUGUUUAGCUCAAGCCGGAAAUAAAGAUCCACAAGCCAUUUAAUGUGCCUUACCUACUGGGUGUCAAAUUAAGGAGGAAUGAAGGACAGUUGUUUCAGCUAGAUUUGUUAAAGAUGCGCAAGGAAUUCUAUUCCAACUCAAUUUCAUUCACGUAGAAUCGUAAGGAGUUGGUUGCCAACCAUUGACAAUGGAGUCUAGAAUGUGUUCAUGUUUCAAGUAUUCACUCUUAUGAUGGGCUUGCAUGGUACAUAUCAUAUAGUGUACCUAGUUGAACAUAUUUGUUAUAAAAGCAGAUGAAUUCAGCACAUAACUCAGCUGAUUCAGCAUGUAGACUCUUUGGGGAUUCCUGUGCUAUAAGCCAGGGGUCAGCAAGGCUUACCUUGCCUGGGCCGGUUCACUGCCGCGGAGCCCCCUGUGGGCUGGAUCGCGGGAGUGCAAUUUCCGUCAUCUGCGCAGACGCGAUUUCCAGCACCGUGGAGACGAGUCCCCGCACCGCCCUGGUUUAGUGCAGCGCGCGGGGACUCACUGAGCGGGAGGCUCGGUUCAGGGGCAGCUCGUGGGCCUGCAAAACGACUGCCGUGGGCUGCUUGUGGCCCAUGGGCCUUUGGUUGCCGACCCCUGCUAGGCAGUAGUAUAGAAGGACAAAUUCUGUUACAUUGUUUCAUCACCACCGCAAAUUACAUAUGGAAAAACAAAGUUUGUCUUUCUAUGCAAUUUAAAUGCAGAGGAGCUGUCUGAGUCUGGAUCUGGCAACCCUAAGUAAUAGCAUCAACAGCCUAAAUAACUGGGAUCAUGGGCAAUCUGAACUGUGGUCAUGUCUGAAGUGUAACUGUAUUUUAGUUUAUUCUGGAGGAUCAAGACUCAAAUUAACUGAACAAUUGGGAGCCUCAUUCAGCUGAAUAGGAGCAAAGCUAAAGAAAAAAAUCCUGCAGUUGAAAGGUGCUUGUGCAGCAAUUGCUAAUGGAAUGUAUUGUGUGAAGCAUUAUUCAUUUCAAUCAGAGCUGAUUGCCAUCAAAAUAUUGUUAUGGAUAUUCACGUCUGUCUUUGGUAAACCAAUGUCUGCAUAAACACCUUCUUACUCCGAUGGCACACAAAGAAUCUAGGCCAAACACUAUCUGUACUUAUUCCUUUCACGAAUGUUUAUAUUAUUUAUAUUACCAAAUUUUUGUGAUCUCAAUUAUAAUCCUAAAGAAUGCCUUUGCAUUCAAAAGUGUUCAUCAAAACACAAAUGGAAAGCUUAGCUCCUUCUACAGCAAAUAUUAUUGGGACAAAGCCUGUAUGACUAGAGAUUUAUUACUGUGAAUUUAAACUACAGCAAUGUCCGUGACUCAGAGUAAUACGGUAUUUGCUUUUAAUAAAAUGUAUUUUUACAAAUAUUUGUUGUCUAAAUGCAUGCUGUGUUGUGAUUAUCUUAGGUGAUCAUUUUGUUGCAAAUCAUGGAUCUUGACAUGUGUCAUCAUAAAACAAAAAACAGGUUUCAAUACUUUAUGACAGCAGUCAUUCGCAUGCAUUUUUACUGCUAUUAAAGGACAGGACCUUUAAAAAACAAAGUACACCUCUUUUCAUUCUUGUGCUUGCUCCUCUUACACAGCUGCUGACUUGUACUUGGGCAAGCAUCUUAUUCCAUUUUCUCUACAAAUCUGAAAAACUUUUAUUUUCCUCAUCUUAAAAUAAAGUUAUUUAGCAGGUGAUGAUGCCUGCCUGCCCGCCCAAUGGUUACUUGACGCUCUCUCAAUCUCAACCCCCUUGUACUCUAUAGCAGGCAUCCCCAAACUUCGGCCCUCCAGAUGUUUUGGACUACAAUUCCCAUCUUCCCCGACCACUGGUCCUGUUAGCCAGGGAUCAU